UUAGCGCCGUCUAGUGGUGCCUUAAAUGUAUUUGUUAAAGGGGCAUUCUCACAUGACCUUUAACCUCUUAGAUAGGCGUGACCGGAAGCAAAAGAGGCUCCGCAUAUUUCCAUUGGCGCAGGUCUUCAUACUACCAAUAUUCCAGGUCCUCCAUUUAAAAAAAAACAACAGUUCUUGCCUUUGUAAACAAUUGCUGGAGGAAGGGAAGGUUCUGGCAGAAGAAUUUUCUUCCAAAAAACCUUCCCCCAAAAAAAGGAAGAAAAAUCCUGAUGGCUCCAAUGUGUCUUGGAGGAAGAGGGACAGAGACGGGAAUAUUGUACCUCGGCAUAUAAGAAAGCCCAGUGACCGGCCUGUUAGCUCCCCUACCACCAAGGCACUUCCAGAAGUCACUCAUCUUCCGGAGGAGAUUCAAGAAGAGGUUCCUAGCCUGGUUUGUCUGCUCCCCAUUAGUGUUUCAACACACAUUUGCCCCUGUGGUCCAAACCAGGACUUCACUGUCAUCCCAGGAAAGCAAACUGUGUUGGUGACUAUCAACGGCCCCUACAACCUCUGCCUCCCUGUUAUUUGCUGUCCGCUCUGCUCUGCUCGAUGGACGCCGGGAAUGAGAGACUUACUUGAGCACAAGUAUUGGCCGGGGAGUAUGGGCUACUGGUAA